CCACCGCCGGAGCCUCGCCUUCCUUUCUCCCUCUGCAGACAUAUCGAGACACAAAAAAAGAGGCGACCCCUGGACCCGCGCGAGAGACCCACCCGCAAAAUGACCGAGACCACCAAGACCCACGUUAUCUUGCUUGCCUGCGGCAGCUUCAAUCCCAUCACCAAAGGGCACAUUCAGAUGUUCGAAAGAGCCAGGGAUUAUCUGCACAAAACGGGAAGGUUUAUUGUGAUUGGUGGCAUUGUCUCUCCUGUCCACGACUCCUAUGGAAAACAGGGCCUGGUGUCGAGCCGGCAUCGUCUCAUCAUGUGUCAGCUGGCCGUCCAGAAUUCCGACUGGAUCAGGGUGGACCCGUGGGAGUGCUAUCAGGACACCUGGCAGACGACCUGCAGUGUGUUGGAACAUCAUCGGGACCUCAUGAAGCGGGUGACUGGCUGCAUCCUCUCCAAUGUCAACACACCCUCCAUGACGCCUGUGAUCGGACAGCCCCAAAAUGAGACCCCUCAGCCCAUUUACCAGAACAGCAAUGUGUCCACCAAGCCUACUGCAGCCAAGAUCCUGGGGAAGGUGGGAGAAAGCCUAAGCCGGAUCUGCUGUGUCCGCCCACCGGUGGAGCGCUUCACCUUUGUGGACGAGAAUGCCAAUCUGGGCACGGUGAUGCGGUACGAGGAGAUUGAGCUGCGGAUCUUGCUGCUGUGUGGCAGCGACCUGCUGGAGUCCUUCUGCAUCCCGGGGCUCUGGAAUGAGGCAGAUAUGGAGGUGAUUGUGGGGGACUUUGGGAUUGUGGUGGUGCCCCGGGACGCAGCUGACACAGACCGGAUCAUGAAUCAUUCCUCAAUACUCCGCAAAUACAAAAACAACAUCAUGGUGGUGAAGGAUGACAUCAACCAUCCUAUGUCUGUUGUCAGCUCAACCAAGAGCAGGCUGGCCCUGCAGCAUGGGGACGGCCACGUCGUGGAUUACCUGUCGCAGCCGGUCAUCGACUACAUUCUCAAGAGCCAGCUGUACAUCAACGCCUCGGGCUAGCGGCCACACGGCGCUCGGCUCCACUCUCCCCUCGUCCUCCGCCAACACACCGGCCCCUCCAGUCUCUGUCAGUCCCCCGUCUUCCUCCCUGCUGCUCCGUCUCCUCAUCCUGACUGUUCUCCCCACUUGCUGACUCAGCCCCCCACAGUGUGGGGGCCUGCAGAGAACCACGGCAUACCCUACUCAGCAGUCAUCUUUGGACAGACUUUCCUCUAGUCUCCGGGUCGGGGGGGGGGGGGGGAGGGAAUAGGGUGGGAGUUGGGGGGGCCGCAGUCCUCGGAGAUGUGCUGGCGUCUGUCUCCCAGCAGGCUCUAGAGGGCGGCUCCGGGGCCCGUCCUCCCAGCAUGCUCUGGGGAGGCGGCUCUGGCUCUCGCCUUCCCAGCAUGCCCUUUACCACGAAGGGCUAUUUUUCUUUCUGUUCUGUUCUUGUUUUUUGGCGUGUGUUUUGUGUUUUGUUUUUUUGGGUGUUUUUUUUUUUUUCUUCUUCUUUUUUUAUUUUUUUUUUUUGGUUUGGUUUGGUUGGUGUUGUUCACUCCUCAUAGAAUUUGGAUGAAAUCCGUGUGCGUGGUUCUUUACGUUUGUAGUCUCGAUGCAUCCCUGUGGGGUUAACUUCCCUUAUGUUAGGACACUGUAGCCAGCCUCAGCGCGCAGUACGUGCGUGAGGGCCGCAGCCGGUAAAGAAGGCCAGGCCGCCUCCACUUUCCUGACACUCCCUCCCCCACCUACCCGCUCACACCCCCCUACACCCAGACACCCCCCGACCGCAACAGUCUAGGGUCAGGACUGAGGCUUCCAGGUUCCAAAACCUGGGAGGCAAGUCUGGGAAAAGUAGGGUUUCUCAGAAGAAUUCGAGUCCAUUUCCUUAGCUUAGAAGAUCAUUUUCCUGACGCUCUGGGCCUGUGAUCACACAGAGCCAGUCCAUCGUCAUAUCCUGGUGGCAUUUGUACAGUUCCUCAUUUGGGCUCUGACUGAUGGCAGAGUGGGUUCCCUGCCAGCCCGGCAUUUCCAAGGAAGCUUCAGGUUACCACCUACGCCCCUGGAGGUCAUGUCCAGCUACAUUCCUGCAUCAGAAAAGAAUCACACAUUCGAGGCCAAAUCCCACCAGUGCAGUCAUUUCUGAAAUAAAACAUGCCAGGAAUUCACUCAAUCCUAGAGAUCUUUGCUAAUUGGAAUUAUUUUUUUGCCUGUUUGGCUGGGAAAUGCUUCUGUCGCGCUACAAGUCCAGGAUGACCAAGGAGAGAGCAUCUUGUUGCCCUGAUGGGAACUGAUGGCUCUCUCCCACUCUCGCUGUGCCCAAACAGCGGGUGUCUGAGGUCAGUUUCUUUUGGAGACAGUAUUUCGGUCUUGUUUCUGGAGCUACUCAUAUCUCCUGCAGAGGCCAGAAAUCACAGUCAUCGCCUGAGGAAAUAUGUCUGGCAGGGGAAUGGGUUCACAGAACAGAGAUCAUGGCAGGAAGGAUAUCAAGAGCCACUGAAUUGUUUCAUUCUUUUUCUAAUUCCUUCCUUCCUCUGCUGCUCCGGGAAACAGUUCUGACAGACUGUUCUAGUUGUUCAGGUCUCAUUCAAGCCCUGUUUUCGAGAGCCAAAAGAAAAUUAUUCUCUUCUGCUCUGUGGGUCUCAUCUAGUCUCUGGCUCUGGGGUUUCUGGUUGUUUUCAUGGAUUAGGUCCCCAAGGGGCAGGAUAAUUUUGUCAAAAUCUAGUGCCAGUGAUGGUCCAGGAGGAGUGGGGUGAGAUCUGACAUCAGGGACACCAUUCUUCAGCACACAUUUUGUGUCUGUGACAUUCUUCAAUAGCCUCCAGGAAAAGGAACAGGAUUCAACAGAAGAGCAUGGUACAGCAGCAUCUAGGAAAGUGUUAUUCCUCUUGGAUUAUGGGAAUAAUCUCCAGAGGAGGGAAUGAAGGUCCUAUUCCUGGGUUUCAAUAUUUGGUUAACAUCAUGAAAUAAUAAAUGAAAAAAAAAAACCAUCUUCAGAGAUUAGUUAAUUCAACAUUCUCCUUUAAAAGAUGAGGCGCAGAUAUCCACUGGAUUAAAUGGCUGGCCCAGGGUCACGCAGCAAGCGGAGAGUCUGGCUAAAGGAUAUUGUUUCCCUGACCCUUAGGUCAUUACACUCUGUUAUCUCUGUCCCUCCAGUUCCCCAUGACACUGACCAGGUAACAUGUGUUUUCUACUCUUUUCAGCCUUUAUCUGGCAUCUUUCUCUUAAAUUAUGUCUCACCCAGGUGCUCCUAUAUGGGGCAUUGCAAAUGGCAGUCUUGACGGAGGGGAGGAAGGCCAUAGCUAGGUUUCCCUUAGAAAUCAAGAGAUCUCAACAGCUUAGAGGAAAUCCCAAAAAGUGACCUUCUGAAUCCAAGAAAGGAUUGAUUGCUUUAUGGAAGGCUAAGAAAGACCUAGAAUGUUCAAGAUGACACUAGAGAGAGACAGAAGAGCUUUGUCUAGGCAAAACAGUCCUAAGCCAGGAAAAGAAAACAGGGAACUGGAUUCCCUGGAGGCAACAUGGCAUUUUUAAGGAUGUGGAGUUUAUCUAUGGUUAGAGUUUAAUGAGGAUCUACAUGAGCAGAUCUGAGAAAAACCAGAUGUCAUUUGUCUCUGGUGUUGGUGUCCAGAGACACCUGUGUUGGUGUCUCUGGUGUUGGUUGUCAUUUGUUGGUGUCCCCUGUUACUCUGCCGGGCUCUGUGGUCAAGCCCUGUUUAGUACGCAGUCCAUGAUAGGGCCCUGGGCUGGCUGGAUACACUCAAUGUGGGGGUAGGAAGGUGCAUAGGAAGGAAAAGAACAAGGGCAAUAAAGAUGUCUGCGAUGAAAUGUGAUCUUGGUGGAUCACAGGGGUAGUAUUAAGAUAGCUUUCCUUUAAUAUACAGAAAUGUGAAUUUCCUUCUGGGCAGGAUUGUCUAUUCUCCAACCUGCCCUAUUCUUCAUUGCGAGGGGGAGGUCAGAGCCCCUAUCUUGGUCUAGGGCAGGACACUGUGGCUGUGAUGCUGCAAAGGCUGGCACUGGAAUGACUCAGAGUUUGAAGUAGUGCCACAGGUGCCACAGGAUGACCUCUAGGCCCUGACUUCCCCAUCUGGGGUCCCACUUCUUCCUACAAAGGCCAACUCAAGGCUAGCAUGGCUGAGAGAUUUUCAGAAAGGCAUGGGGUGCAAUGAUCAUGUUAAGAGAGGUCAGGAGCCUCAUUUCCUGCCUACCAAUGAAAAACAUCCCUCUUGCCCUUCUGAAAGUGGCUGAUAUGAGUAAGGAACAGGCAGGAGGGAAACCUUUUGUGCCAGUGACUCUCACCUCAAGGAGUGGCCCUCUGGGGGGCUCUGUGCUGCUACCUGGUACCUCAUUCGCCACCCCCAACCCCAGGCAGUCUCUGGGGCCUUCUUGCUUUCAUUUUCCUUGAAUGUACAUAAGAACAGGGGAGGAAAGUCUCUUACUGAAGUGCCUGAAACCCAGAGCUAGAGCUUCUAGAGACGCUAUUCUUCCCAUCUCCGCUUGGCCAACUUUCCCCAGCGUUCUCUGGUCUCAUGCGUCAGCUUCUCAGAAAGAAGAACUCGCUGUUCUAAUUAAGUAGAAAGUGAGACUCAAUAAUCAAACUGCAGCAAAAGGCAGAGAAUUACAAGGAGAUGUGACUCGUAUUUUAACAGCCCAAAUCUACUCUCCCAAACUGAUAGGAAUACACACUUUAGGGGACUAAGAGAGAGAAGCAUGUUAUUAUAUUCCAUUCAUCAAAAGAGUAAUGCAAAAAUAAAUCAGUAGAAUAUGAAAAGCUCAGGAUCUCUCCCAAGGCUACUGCAGGAAGGCCGACAGGUGAGAUGGGGAGGAAGGACACAGGGACUGAUUUUGUAGCUCUUCCAAUUAGGAUACCUGAGGAACAGCAUUGUGGUCUGAUUCAUCCAGUCUGCACCUUCCUAUAGCUGCCCAGUGAACUCGAUUUUUCACGUGGUUUCUUUGUCGUGUAGGUUUGAAGUGUCCUAUUAGCCUGUUCCAGUUACUUAGGAAUGAGUUACACUCUUUCCCUUCAGUCUAGCCAGGGCCAGAACUCAGUUUGAUCCAAACGGUCUCAAGGAUUGGCAUGGGGAGGGGGAAGCUUUUUUUCUGAAUCACUUUUGGUCAUGGAGUCUGCCAUUUUGAGAGUAAGAUUUGCUUUAUGAAAAUCAAUUCAUUAAUAAAAACUACAUUAAAGUUGCAACACCAUUUCACAGUGAAAUAUUUUGGGUAAAAUUUUGUUGCUAGAAUAGUCACAGACAAGAAUUUUAUCAGCGAAAUGUUUCAAUUACAUUAAUAAAUAAGACAAUGCUA